GCCCCGGGCGGCUCCCUGACUGGAGUCUAUGGGGCAUCGUCUUCAGCACGGUCCUGUUUCCGAGCGGGGAGAAACCAGGGCUCGCGGCAUUCGCAGCUCCCCGGCUCUGAAGUACUUUCACCCCGAGCCUACGGGAAAUCAGCCCGCUCAGGAACCAGUAAGACGCCUACGGAGCAGAGAACUCGGCAGGCGGCGUCCACCAUGCCACGCAGACGAACGUUUCCCAGAGGCCCCCGGGGAUCUGUUAGGGCUGCGCGGAGUUGCAUGCUGGGAAAAAGCGCGCGGACUGGGGCGUUGUGGACUCCCUUUCCCAGAGGCCUAUGGGGAGCGUGCAGCGUGGCAUGCUGGGAGGGUGAUUCCUUCUCCCUGGUCCCACCUGGGCGCAAUCCGGAGUUCCCCUCUGCCGGGCUCCGGUCCUGUCCUCUCGGGGAAAUAGGGUUGGCUGGGCCCCGAGGGGACGUGUUUGCUCCCCCAGAAAGAAGCCAGCUCGGGGUGCUGCUGGCACGACCGUGAGGGAGGGAGCGGGAGACCCGAACCAAACCUGGGCCUGGGGCCCUGCUGUGUCCUGGUGGCUGGGGGCUGAGGGUAGGGUGUGGUGUGGUGGGGUGUGGUGUGGUGUGGUGUGGUGUGGUGUGGUGUGGUGUGGUGUGGUGUGGUGUGGUGUGGUGUGUGUGUGUUGUGCUGCCAUUCCCUGCUUUCCCAGGCGCACUAGCAGGGAGCUGGGUCGGAAGUGGAGCAGUCUGACUCCAACCGGUACCUGUAGGGGAUGCCGGCGUCUUGGCGGACAGAGCAGCUGUCCUACACCUAAAGAAGUGUCCUGAAGAGGACCAGAAAUUGUAACACAUCUUCACAUCAAGGCUCAGGCCAGCUGCCCCGCAAGGGUCCCAAGGAUGGAGAAGACUUGUUCCACAUCUUAACAUGCAGGUGCAGUCUGCAGGUUGGCCGGCACCGGGCGACCCGAAGCCCCCGCCCUGAGUCACCGGAUUGGUCUUCCCGGCGAGGUCGUUCCCACCAGAACAAAAGCAUUCCUGUCAGGUCUGACCCUCGGAGCCCGCGUGUCUGUGGAAGGAACUGCGAGAUGGCCAGCCACGCCUCGACAUCUGAGAGCGCGGCUCACGGCUCCGUGACGUUCUCGGAUGUGGCCAUCGACUUCUCCCAGGAGGAGUGGGCCUGCCUGACGUCCGCCCAGAGGGACCUGUACUGGGAUGUGAUGCUGGAGAACUACAGCAACCUGGUGGCCCUGAAUCUAGAGUCAACAUACGAGACAAAGAGUUUAACCAUUGACAAUACUGUUUACGAAAUAAAUUUUCCCAAAGUGAAUUCAGGCAUAAAAACGAAAUCCUUCGGCCCUAAAGCGGUACCUAAAUUACCACGGGUCUCUCGAGAGCGAGACAUCCAUCCGGGGAGCAUGGGCCACAAGAAGCGGCCGGCCAGCGCGGAGGGCACGGAGCCUCAGCCGCGCCAGAGGCCGCGCCAGAGGGAGAGCUCCUACGCGUGCAAGGAGUGUGGGAAGGCCUUCAGCCGCAGCUACCAGCUCACUCAGCACCAGAAAAUCCACACUGGCGAGAAGCCCUACGAGUGCAAGGACUGCAAGAAGGCCUUUCGCUGGGGCAACCAGCUCACUCAGCACCAGAAGAUCCACACGGGCGAGAAGCCCUACGAGUGCAAGGACUGCGGCAAGGCCUUUCGCUGGGGCUCCAGCCUCGUCAUUCACAAGAGGAUCCACACGGGCGAGAAGCCCUACGAGUGCAAGGACUGCGGCAAGGCCUUCCGGCGUGGGGAUGAGCUCACGCAGCACCAGAGGUUUCACACGGGGGAGAAGGACUACGAGUGCAAAGACUGCGGGAAGACCUUCAGCCGCGUGUACAAGCUCAUCCAGCAUAAGCGGAUCCACAGCGGCGAGAAGCCCUACGAGUGCAAAGACUGUGGGAAGGCCUUCAUCUGUGGUUCCAGCCUCAUCCAGCAUAAGCGGGUCCACACCGGCGAGAAGCCCUACGAGUGUCAGGAGUGCGGCAAGGCCUUCACGCGAGUUAAUUACCUCACUCAGCACCAGAAGAUCCACACGGGCGAGAAGCCGCAUGAGUGCAAGGAGUGCGGGAAGGCCUUCCGCUGGGGCUCCAGCCUCGUGAAGCACGAGCGGAUCCACACCGGCGAGAAGCCGUACAGGUGUGCCGAGUGCGGGAAGGGCUUCAACUGUGGCUACCACCUCACGCAGCACGAGAGAAUCCACACUGGGGAAACGCCCUACAAGUGUAAGGAGUGUGGGAAGGCCUUCAUUUAUGGGUCGAGCCUGGUUAAACAUGAGAGAAUUCACACAGGGGAGAAGCCCUAUGAAUGCAAAGAAUGUGGAAAGGCCUUUAGUCAUGGCCAUCAGCUCACACAGCACCAGAAAACUCACGCUGCAAAAUCUUACACUUGCAAGGCGUGUGGGGAGGUAUUUAAUCACAUAAGCCUUCUUAGAGAACACCAGAGAACUCACAGCAGUUGAAAAGCCUUUGAAUACGCAGAGCGUCCAGAAGCCUCUAUAGCACAUUCACUCCUUCCUCUGCACGAGGAGGACUCAUGGUGUCAUUUCACGUUAUGUCAUCAUUUGCCUUCACUGGUCAUUGUCAUGUCUGCUUACAAAACAUCAGAAGUCGUACUAGAGGCAGACUGGGAGAGGAGAGAUCACUUUUCUUAAUACUCAGAGCAUACCCAGUGUAGAUGUUACACUGGGCAGUUGGCUUACUGAGCACACACAAGCCUACCGCUACCAUUCCAUCCUUAUCACACCUCAGGCUCGCUCUGGGAGUAACCCUGCGGCCGUUCUCACCAGGAAAGCCUUCAGUCGUGGCCCAUGCCCUGCCAGUCAUCACCCCUGGCCCACCUCUGCCCCCGUGAGACACUCAGCAGACCGCUUGUCACCCUGUGCGUUACAGAUGUUCCUCGGCACCUGAUGAUGGGUUUUGUCCUGAAAAACCCAUCGUAAGAUAAAAAUAUAAAAAUUCAGAAAUAACGUCUAAUACACCUAACCUACCAAGCAACACAGCUCAGCCUGGCCUGACCUAACCGUUUAACACCAGCCUAAGUUGGGCAGAAUCAUCGAAUACAAAGUCUAUUCGAUAAAAAAUUUUGAGUAUCUUGUGUAAUUUAUUGAAUACUGCACUACAAGUGCAAGUCAGUGGUUGUACAGGUACGCUUUUGCAGCUCGUAAAGUUGAAAACCAGUGGUUGUGUAGGUCAGCUUUUGCAGCCCGUAAAAUUGAAAACUCAGUGGUUAUAGGAUUUGCUUUUGCAGCAUCGCAAAGUUGAAAACCAGUGGUUGUGUAGGUCAGCUUUUGCAGCCCGUAAAAUUGAAAACUCAGUGGUUGUAGGAUCUGCUUUUACAGCAUCGCGAAGUUGAAAACCAGUGGUUGUGUAGGUCAGCUUUCGCAGCAUCGUAAAGUAAACUCAGUGGUUGUAGGGCCCGCUUUCGCAGCACUGUAAAGUAAACUCAGUGGUUGUAGGGCCCGCCUUCGCAGCACUGUAAAGUAAACUCAGUGGUUGUAGGGCCCGCCUUCGCAGCAUCGUAAAGUAAACUCAGUGGUUGUAGGAUCCGCUUCUGCAGCAUCGUAAAGUAAACUCAGUGGUUGUAGGGCCCGCUUCUGCAGCAUCGUAAAGUAAACUCAGUUGUUGUAGGGCCCGCUUCUGCAGCAUCGUAAAGUAAACUCAGUGGUUGUAGGGCCCGCUUUCGCAGCAUCGUAAAGUUGAAAAAGCAGUGGUUGCACAGAAACACUUCUGCACUGUCGUGAAGUUGAAAACUCAGUGAUUAUAGGAUACGCUUUUGCAGCACCGUGAACUAAGUGGUUAUAGGAUCUGCUGUCGCAGCAUCGUAAAGUUGAAAUAUCAGUGGUUUUACAGGUACGCUUCUGCAGCAUCGUAAAGUUGAAAACUCAGUGGCUGUGUGGGUAGAACUUGUACCAUCGUAAAGCUGAAAAAUCGUAAGUUGAACCAUCGUAAUUCGGAAGCAUCUGUAUUUGUGGAAUGUACGUUAUGUGCAUUGUUUGUACAUAGGGAUGAUCACUUCUGCUUAAGACUGCCCUCGUGGAAAUUAAAUGUUUGGUACAUGUAGAAAUUACAUGUUAAACUAAAUGUUCGGUACACUUCUCGAAAGUCCAUCCGGAGUAUUGUGUAAGUUCCGUUCACAUUACCUGUUCUCUUGCUCAUCACCAUUAGUGUUGACACUAGUGAGGUAUUACAAGACACCCGUGGCCCCAAUGGGUGCAGCGAGUUUAGGGAAGGUCAGACCUCUAGAAGAAAAGGUAGAUUCCUGUACCACAACCUUGGGUUAGACAGUUUCUUGGUACACAGAAGAACCCAAACAUGAUGAAAACCUGGGUUCAUCGGGUGACACCAUUAAGACAGGGGAAAGGCAGGAAGCAGACUUGGAGAAGAUAUUCUACAUGUACCUGACGAAGGACUCACAUAGAAAAUAAACGUUAAUGAAUCCGUGAAUGGAAGAUUAGGCACUUGGCAGAGAUCACCAAGUGACCAGCGAGCAAGUGAGAGAACAAAGCAGAACCAGUGUGACGUCGCUAGGCAGUCACUAGAAUGGCCAAAGGUAAAGUCGCAGUAGCUUAGAAAGGGAAGUCGAAUGUCUCGACAGAACACAAAGCGAGCGAGGUGACGGGUAUGUUCAUUGACUUCACUCGAGCGUCCCGCGUUGUAUGCGUGUGUUAAAAUACCUCCUUGUACUUGAUAAAUGUAAUACAUUUAUAUUUGUCUAUUAAAGAUAUUAAUAAAGAAGCUUUUAAAAUCACAAGUGA